CCUUCUCUCAGAAAGGUGCUAUAGCAAAGCACAUGAGAGUACAUACAAAGGAAAGGCCGUUCAGCUGUGAGAUUUGCAGCAAGGCCUUUUCUGUGAAAGAUAUUCUAGUAGAUCACAUGAGAGUGCAUACAAAGGAAAAGCCAUUCAGCUGUGAGAUUUGCAGUGAGGCCUUCUCUCAUAAAGGUCAUCUAGUAGAGCACAUGAGAGUGCAUACCAAGGAGAAGCCAUUCAGCUGUGAGAUUUGCAGCAAGGCCUUCUCUCAGAAAAGUACUAUAGUAAAGCACAUGAGAGUACAUACAAAGGAGAAGCCAUUCAGAUGUGAGAUUUGCAGUAAGACCUUCUAUGAGAAAUGUACUCUAGUAGAUCACAUGAGAGUGCAUACAAAGGAAAACCCUUUCAGAUGUGGGAUUUGCAGCAAGGCCUUCUCUCUGAAAGGUACUCUUGUAAAGCACAUGAGAGUACAUACAAAGGAGAAGUCAUUCAUAUGUGAGAAUUGCAGCAAAACCUUCUAUGAGAAGGGCCAUCUAUCAAGGCACAUGAAAGUACAUACAAAGGAGAAGCCAUUCAGAUGUGAGAUUUGUGGCAAGACCUUCUAUGAGAAAGGCCAUCUAGCAAGACACAUGAGAGUACACACAAAGGAGAAGCCAUUCAGAUGUGAGAUUUGCAGCAAGGCCUUCUCAAAGAAAUGUACUCUAAUAAAACACAUGGGAGUACAAACAAAAGAUAAUCCAUUCAGCUGUGAGAUUUGCAGCAAGGCCUUCUCAGAGAAAAGUAUUCUACCAUUCAGAUGUGAGAUUUGCAGUAAGACCUAUGAGAAAAGCCAUUUAGCAAGGCACAUGAGAGUACAUACAAAGGAGAAGCCAUUCAGCUGUGACAUUUGCAGCAAGGCCUUCUCCGAGACAGGUAAUCUAGUAAAGCACAUGAGAGUGCACACAAAAAAGAAGCCUUUCAGCUGUGAGAUUUGCAGCAAGACCUUCUCUGAGAAAUGUACUCUAGUAAAGCACAUGAGAGCACAUACAAAGGAGAAGCCAUUCAGCUGUGAGAUUUGCAGCAAGGCCUUUUCUGUGAAAGAUACUCUAGUAGAUCACAUGAGAGUGCAUACAGAGGAGAAGCCAUUCAGAUGUGAGAUUUGUAGCAAGACCUAUGAGAAAGGCCAUCUAGCAAGACACAUGAGAGUACAUAGAAAGGAGAAGCCCAUCAGCUGUGAGAUUUGCAACAAGGCCUUCUCUGUGAAAGGUACUCUAGUAAAGCACAAGAGAGUGCAUACAAUGGAGAAGCCAUUCAGCUGUGAGAUUUGCAGCAAGACCUUCUAUGAGAAAGGCCAUCUAGUAAGGCACAUGAGAGUACAUACAAAGGAGAAGCCAUUCAGUUGUGAGAUUUGUAGCAAGACCUCUGAGACAGGUAAUCUAGUAAGACACAUGAAAGUACAUACAAAGGAGAAGCCAUUCCGCUGUGACCUUUGCAGCAAGACCUUCUCUGAGAAAAGUUCUCUAGUAAAGCACAUAAGAGUACAUACAAAGGAGAAGCCAUUCCGCUGUGAGCUUUGCAGCAAGACCUUCUCUGAGAAAAGUUCUUUAGUAAAGCAUAGGAGAGUACAUACAAAGUACAUACAAUGUGGCCUCCACAUUCUAGUAAAGCAUAUCAGAUUACAUAGAAAGCGGAAGCCAUACAGUUACGAUAUUUCCUAAAAGGCAUUCUCACAUAACCAUAAUCACAUGAGCCAUUUAAGAGUACAUGCAAUGAAGUAACCAUACUCCUGUAAUAUUUGCAAUAAGGCUGCACAUGAAACAACUCUUGUGAAUCAUAUUAUAUUGCAUAUAAAGGAGAAGCCAUACUGUUGUGUGAUAUGCUAAAGCUAUGAUAUCUAUAAUAACUAAUCUAUUGAGGUAUUUUUGAGACUACAUACAAAAGAGAAUCCAUAUACAUAAUAUAUUUUAACACAGAGAAGAUAUCUCGUGGGGAAUAAAUAGCAUUAUAUUUCAUCUAAAGGUAACAAACUUCUUGAUACUAUUGGUGAGUAAUUGUCCCAAGCUUUUAGGAACACAUUUACUGAUUUAUGCUGUACAAAACAUUUUUAAUAUUUAGAUUUUUCAAGAAAAAUAAACUUUUAUGAUUUA